AUGGGCAGUCAAACUCAUUUCCAAAGAGUCAUCAAAGACGAUAAAAACCACCUUGCGCAUUUCAAGCAAAAGCGAGAUGAAGAACCCCCAGUCAAGAAAAGGCCCUUCUCGGCCCUCGAGAGCCUCCUAGACUACAUCCACGAAGCCACCGAGAUUUCCGGGCGCUGGGUCAACUGGCAGAUAAUCCGCUGCACCCGGUAUGUAUGCUGGGAAACCGACCGGACAAAGAUCUCACGCUGGUCGCAAUCGAUAAUCGAGACGGAACUCUGUCUCCGUGAAAUCACCCAACACGAGACCUACAUGAAAGAGUGCGUGCAGAUCGUGCACGCAGACCCAGACAAAGAUGUCAAGGCUCUUCUGCCUGAGAUGAUCGACGAGCUGAUAGCGCUGGACCAUGAGUACAUGCGCAUCGAGCGCACGUACGAUGCGCUGCUGGCGGGGUGUCCGCCGGGGCCGAUUAAGGGCGGGUAUUUGUGGAUUCGGAGAGAUCCGCAGUGGUAUAUGAAGACAUGGGUAUCCGAUGACGGAGAGGAUGAGGAGGAGGCUGAAGCCGAGUUUUGA